AUGCGUCUGCUGCUGUUGCUUCUGCUCAGCUUUAGCUGUAGCAUAAACUGCUUCAAGUGUCGCUCGCAGGAUGGUGCCAGUGAUGCGGAGCUGAAACGGAUUGUGCGCAGUUGCAUGCAACGCAGUGGCAGCAAUAGCAACCAGGAGGACAAUGAUAGACGCUAUGGCAAUGGCCGAUACAAUUUUGAGAGUGAUGAUUAUGGACAGGUGCAGGAUCGAGGACAGGGUCAAGGCAGACAACAGCAGCAGCAGCAGCAGCAGUCCUAUGGCAAUAGCUGGCAGCGCAGCGUCAAGCAAACUGACAGCAACAAGAACAACAACAACAACAACAACAACACUGCUGAAAUGGGCGGAUGUGUGGCGCUGUGUUUCUUCGAGGAAAUGAACAUGGUGGAUGGCAAUGGUCAGCCGGAUCGCCGCAAAGUCAGCUACUUGCUGACAAAGGAUCUGCGCGAUCGAGAGUUGCGCAACUUCUACAUGGACACAGUGCAGCAAUGCUUUCGCUACAUAGAACACUCUCGCUACAGCAACAAUAACAACAACAAUAAGUGCAGCCAGUCGAGGGAGCUCAUCAAGUGCAUGUCAGAGUAUGCAAAGGCGCAAUGCGACGAUUGGGAGGAACAUGGAAAUAUGAUAUUCAACUAAAAACUCUGGACCGUUACUUACGCCGCUCUUCAGAUCCUCAACACGAUCCAGAUAGAUUUCAUGAUUGUCUUUAACUGUACGAUCGGCGGUCUCCUCUAGCUGAU